AUCCGCACCCCGCCCCGAUGCAUUUUUCCCUCCUGUUCCUCGUUGCGCUCGAACCGACGCUCUGCCUGCGUACCCAGCACGCUCGCCUCCCCUCGCGCCCGCGCUGUGCAACGCCGCUGCUCGCCUCGCCGGGCGACGAGCUUGAGAAGAAGACCAACUCAGAGGGCGACGAACUAGCGGCCGAGUUUGCGCGGAGGCUCGAGCAGGAGGGCGGGCGUCACCGGUUCUUGCUGCGGACGACGGUCUCGGAGUGGCGAGAAUCGGCCCGCGAGCACGUUCGCGGCGCGGCCGACUCGGCCAAGCGCAUGGAGCUGAUGGCGCCCGAGAAGGUGUCGAACGCAUCUCCUGUUGCCCUGCUCGGGGGGCUGCUCGCGCUCACGCUCCUGACCACCGCCUACCAACUAAUGGCCGCGCCGGAGGUCGUCGACGCGUCCAGCGCCUACCAGGCGCCGGAGUACGGCCUCUAACCCGUCUGACAAGCACUGUGCUUGGCCGCUUGGCGCGAUCAAGCUUCGCAAUUCACGGGGCUCUCCGCUGGGCGCCUCAGCCGGAGCAGCUUGUUUGUGGCGCAUGCGGCGGGCGCGGCCGAGGGGUGCGUGUAUCAUUUGUAUGAUCUGUAGGGGGGGGGCGGGUGUGCGAGUGAGGGCGGGGUCUCAGCGCGGGCCGAGUGCGGCCGCGGUCUCUCGGGUCUGCUGCUCUGUGACUCUCUCACCAUUGGGUGUGUUUUGUCUGAGAGCGAGCGCUUCUUUAUUACUGUGGAAAGUG